AAAAUACGAACAAAAAGUACUUCCGAUUUUAGCAAAACCUUUAGCUAAGCGAAGCUACCCUGAAGAGCAGUAAACGCUCUUGACUGACGUCAACGCUAUGCGUGAACAGUCAUUACGUCAGCACGUCGUGUUUGAAAGCGUCAGCGCGGUACUAGGCAGCAGCAGCAGAGCUUAGGAAAAAUUGCCCUCAGUUCGAUCUUGUUUAUCAAUUUAAAACGGUGUUUUUGGGAAAAGGUAACCCGUUUUAUUUACUGUCUGUUAUUGAAUGGCAUUGGAUUUAAGCUUGGAGUAUUUAUCUGUACCAACCAGACUCGGCUUUCAUGGUGAUAUUCCCUGACUGCGAUGACCUGCAAACUGAGUGGCCUGUUUAGUCUGGACGAGGACUUUGAUGAGGAUGUGCUGGGGACAGACUGGAGCGCCUGCCCAGUCCCUGGAUCAGCCAGUGUGGCAGCUGCUGUGUCAUCCUGCUCCCUGCGGGCUUCCUCUGUUGUUCACAGAGAACAGGAGAAAAUGUGCCAUCAGCCAAUGGGAGAGAAACUGGCCGGGCUGCGCGAUGGCACAAUGUCAAGGAGCGGCAUGCACAGUGGUGCUGCACAAACUGUUGCUUUGGGGUUGAGACAGAUCUCCUCCUCCACUAUGCCUGCAUCUCCUCUCCUUUUUACUAAGAAUAACUCUGAGCCACAGCAGAGUCCAGCCAACACUGAGGGGCUGAUGAAUCCCAGCACGGCUCAUGAUGAUUUUGAUGAUUGGGAUGUUGACUUGGCAGACUUGGAUGAAUGUGACAGCCAAACAAGGCAACAGUCUCAACCUGCUGCUCCUGCAGCAACUGAACCACUUUCUUUACUGAAAACACUGAGACCUUCUACUCAUGUAAGGAGCCAAACACCUCUUAAUAAAUGCCUUCGGGAGCUUAGUGCUGCAUCCAAGACUUCUAGCUACUCUAGUUAUAUUGCACCUCCUCGGAGCCUCGCUACCGCACAUUUACAGUCUCCAAGUCCCUGUCCUGCUUUCCCCGCAGCUUCUCCACAGACUCCAGCCGUUUGCCUCAAUGCAAAUUCCCCUGCACCCAGGAGCUUUUCCAAGAUGCCCGGCUAUCCUCACCAGCUGCUGAAGCCAUGUGCAUCUCCACAAGUCUCCUCUCAGGCUUGCAGCCUCUUUAAUACAGUCUCCCCAGCACCAUCCCCUUCAGUGAACUCCUCCACUCUAAGCGCCCAUCCUCUACACACACCAGUCCUCACCAAUCGCCUGGUCCAGCUGGUGUCUGCAUCCAACAAACUCCCCAAGAAGAGGCGUCACUCUGAGGCUAACCAGCCCAGGAUGAGACGCUUCCCUGGUCCUGCAGGACUUCUGCCUCAGCAACCUCAGGGUCAGAAUCUGGACGAGAUAGUGGUUUCUGUUCCUCACACCCCUGCUCAUGGGGCUGUAGCUCGACUACCGAGUCAGUGUUCCAGCUCACAGCCUGAAGAAGAAGAGUUCAACGGCCACGCCUGGACAGCGCUGAAGGCUGAGAUGGGACUGGAUGAGAGGAAUCCGAAGUGCUUCCUGCACACCUACAGCGUCGUCAUGGUGCUUCGAAAGGCAGCUCUGAAACAGCUGCCAAGAAACAAAGUGCCCAACAUGGCCAUACUGCUGAAGAGCAUCAUCGACACGAACGCCGCUGACGCUAAGGCUGUGUUUAAAGACCCAACAGGGGAGAUUCAGGGAACUGUGCAUCGGCGUCUUUUAGAAGAAAGAUCUAAGGAGCUGAAAGCUGAAGCUGUACUGCUGCUCAAACAGGUGGGUGUAUUUUCUCCGUCCCAUCGUAACCACUACCUGAACGUGACACCCAACAACCUACUGAAGAUCUACUCCCCUGAUGGACUCAGUCUGUCCACUCAGCUCCCUCCGUUUGUCUUGGAGCCGACGAUUUCGUCACCCGCUCCAGAUGUCCUCCGUCAGCCUGUGUUUCAGAUGCAGCUGGAGUUUGAUGAAGAGGACGAUGAGGGAAAAAAGGCUGAAGGAAGCAAAGAGGGAGGCGAAGUCCCUGGGGUGCAAAGGCUCACUCAGAACAAAUCAUUUACCCCUAGGAGAGGUCUCCAUGAGAGUUUUAGAAAUCCAGCACCGCAGGACACAGACUGGGAUGCAGAUGAUGAUCUGGAUGAACUGCUGGGAGAGAUACCGGAGGACACCUACAGCUUUUGACAUCAACUUUACAUCAAACGAUCACCGUCUCCAUCUUGAAAUAUGCCCGUUGUCCUGACAUUGCCUCUUUAAAGUCACCUUCAGAAGAACUUGUGAAAAAAAUUAUAUUUUAUGUUUACUUAUAUUUACCAACUGUAUUUAAUAUUCCGGAAUAGCCCAGUUAUGUGUAUCACAGAUUAUUGAUGUUACUUCAAGAAAGCAAAUGCUCUUUAGUUCCACUACAUCAUCUUUGUUUGAAACAUGGAAACUUCGACUUAUUGAAAGAAGAUAUUCUGGUAAUUAUGAAACAUUAAAGCCAAGGUGAUGCUUAA